AUGGGAGUGUUUGGCAGUGAAUUUGGCACAAAAAGCCAAAGCCUCUCAGAUCAGCACAAUCAGUUCUCUGUGGAUCUGCAGGCUGUCUAUCAAGUGAGCACUGCCACGGUCACUUACAGAGAGGACAGCUUUCCAGACAAGACAGUCACGGUGAACUUCGGAAGCUCUCUUGAAUUCGAUGGAUACAACAAUCCCAAAUGCACCGUGACCACCAGUGAUAAAACCUCCAGCACCGUCAACUACUCCUGCGGGAACCGUAAGGGACAAUACUUCAUAAUCUGGGGAUUUAUGGAAAUGCUCUCUGUGUGUGAGGUGGAACUAUACGAGUAUGCAGAUCAGCAGCCCCUGCCGGUUGUCUACACUUUCAGACGCUUCUUCAUGAAGAUUUCCUUCAACUCAACUGUUAACCUGACAAACCUGACAGUCACACAUAAUGUGCUCUCAAAGCUGACAUCAGCACUGACAGAGAGAGGAAUCAGCAAUAUGACGCUGAGCUGGACUAAAACCCCAGAAGAAGAAGAACAAACAGCAGAAGAAGAGAAAGUGAUGCAGAAUCAGCUUCAGAACGAUAAUCUGGCGCUAAAGAGAAACACCUCUCAGUCGUCCAGUUUUGGGUUUUGGUCUGCAGAAAGAGCUGUCGAUGGUUCUCGAACUGGGCCAAAGUUAUGGUCAGUGUGUUCAUCCACCGCUAACCAAAGUAAGCCGUGGUGGAGGGUGGAUCUGGGGGACGUUUACCGCGUUAGCAGAGUAAUCAUCACUAACAUUAACAACAGCGUCGCAGACCGAAUAAACGGAGCCCAGAUUCACAUCGGAAACUCUCUGGAGAACAACGGCACCAACAACCCCAUGUGUGCUGUGAUUUCCAGUAUUCCAGCUGGAGUUUCUGCAACCUUCCUCUGUUGUUUUAUGGAGGGUCGAUAUGUGAGUCUGUUCAUUCCCGGAGACUCAAAGAUGCUCACUCUGUGUGAAGUGGAGGUCUAUGUAGAAGGUCCGUGUUGGAAGCAGUCGUUGGUAAAACUGAAGCUCAACUCUAGCUUUAGUCUUUCUGAAGUGCAGCUCCUGACCCAGCUGGAAUCUGCUCUGGCCCGAAGAGGACUUUCUGACGUGACGCUGCACUGGACGCAACUGCCCAAACAGGAAGUGAUGCCAAAGCAAGUUGCGCCAGGUUACAGAUAUCCUUGCAACUAA